AAACGGCAAAAACGUGUAGCUGAUAGCCGAUAGCUGAACACGAAUCUUCGUGCUGUGCUUUUCUAACAAUAUUUUCCGCAUGUUCUAGUGAUUCUAUUAAUUUUUUACUCGAUUAUCCAGUUCCUCACCCUUUACGCUUAGCUGGAAUUGUCGAUUUAGCAUUAUGAUUUCAACGUAAGUGCAUCGACAGACAUUUGCGUUUUCUCUUGUUUAAUUAGUCGGUGAAUUAAACAUACGCGAAAGUAUGACGUUACUUUCGCAUGUUAGAAACUUGACAAUAGGUGCUCGUAACAUGCUUCAUAAAAAUCCACGCCCGCUGGUUUUAUGCGGCCCCUCCGGCAGUGGGAAAAGCACACUGAUUAAAAGGCUUUUCGAGGAAUUUCCAGAUACCUUUGGUUUUUCAGUUUCCCAUACCACAAGAUCACCCAGACCGGGGGAAGAGGACGGAAAACAUUAUUAUUUCACGACCAAGGAUGAAAUGCAGAAGCAGAUAGAGCAAGGCAAAUUCUUGGAACAUGCAGUGUUCAGUGGGAACAUGUAUGGCACUAGUAAACGUGCUGUAGAAGAUGUGAAACGUGCAGGGAAGGUUUGCGUACUGGACAUCGACGUGGAGGGUGUGAAACAGAUAAAGCAGACUUCCUUGGAUCCUAUGUACGUGUUCGUUAAACCACCGUCCAUGGAAGAAUUAGAGAAAAGGUUGAGGUCUAGGCAAACGGAAACGGAAGAAUCUUUAGAACGUAGAUUGUCCGUGGCUAGGGUAGAGAUGGAGUACGGAGAGAAGCCUGGUAAUUUUGAUAUAACGGUUGUGAACGACGAUAUCUCCAAGGCGUAUGAAAAACUGAGGGAAUUUGUUAUGUCAAACUUGGAACAACGUAAAAUAGGUAUACAGUAAUCGGUGCACGUGUCAGCACUAAUUGUAUUUAAUUAUAUAGUAUAUAAAAUGAAUGCUUCCUGCGAAAUAUGUUUAUACAUACUUUUUUGAUAUUAGACUUUAUUUAAUUUUAUGUAUCAGUCACGUAAUUUGAGACAUCACAAACAGAUUGAAUUACCAGGAGGACACGUAACUGGCCAGAUUACAUUGUACCAUAAUAAGUUGUCUCCUUUUUAAUUUAUUUAUUAUAAAAUUGCGUCAACCGAAUGUAUAAAACGCUGUUAAAUAUGUAAGGAAGAUGAUUUAUUUUUACAUUCGUUGAAAACAUAAGUAGUUUAAAAAUUAAUAAUUCUCGAUCGUGAGAUCUAUGAAACGAACUGAAAAUGUAUAUAAUUGUAGAUUGAGAAAGUACAAGAAUUAGAAACUGUUAAAUUGUGUAAUUAUAUGUCGCAUGACGGCGGUGUGCGAAGUGUUAUUGCUUUUGAAAUCUCAUUUUUAAUGAUUGAAAUUUACUGCCACAUUUGAAUCUCUUGAAACUUAAAUCUCUAUAAUUUAGCUCGCCAUUCCGAGAUGCUAAUCUGACCGUUUUCCUUUAUUUAAUUUCCACACUGUAUAAGCGAUAUCUUUCAUUAAGAUGUUAAUUUAGUAAAUAAAUAAAUAUGCGUAGAAAGACGUCGGAUAAGUUUAGAUCUUAAUCACGUAUUUCUGAACGUAUGUAAACGCGGUCGACUUGCGUGGAUCGCGGAACUUUUACCGAAGAAUGAUUGAAAAAAGCAAAUGGAGAAAAAUGAAAAAAAAUAAUGUUUUAGAUGUAGCUAACUGAGACUAUUCACCAGACGAAGUUGUGUUCCAAUAGCGUAGAUUAUUUGUAACGUACUCGUGGUUUUGUCGUUGUACUUGCCUUCGGACAUCAUCUAAUUAUUCUCGUAGCGUACAAGAUUCAUUCCUGCGAACAUCGUUAAGUUAUAUUCAAAUCAUCGAUCAUGUUUUUUUAAGAUCUAUAAAAAGAUGAUGUGUCAAGAACCCGUGGUCUUGAUCGAAUAUCAACGAAUUCUUCGCGUCGUUUCGCAUUCACUGUCCAUCAUUUGAUCAUUUUCAUCUUCGAAGUUAAUUUGUAAAUACAUGUCGCUUCCACGAACGUGAAAAGAAGAACAAAUACAUAUUUUCUUAUA